ACGGUAAACCGUUGGUCCCGGUUACUACUUACUGAUGUAAGUAAGUAGUCGUUACAUAUGAGCCAUAUCAGGGUGCCUUUGACACCAGGGUUGAUGGGGUUGGUAAUCCACCUAACAACCCACACGAUUGAAGAAGAUUCGGGCACAAACCCUGGAAACCACAUGAUAUCAAGCGAUCAAAUUAUGCCUGGCAAUCAGAUAGAGAAAACGUGUCCUAAAAGUGAUUUUAGUAUUUCAUAUCCCUGUACAGUUCUAGGAACCAUCUCACGCGUAAGUUGCCCUUGUAGACGCAUUCUGUGGACGAACUGACGUCCUGGCCAUUGACCCGACCACAUCCGCGUCAUCUCCAACCGUGUGGCGGUCCACACCCCAAUAAUUACCAUCUAAUUAUACAAUACAUACUCACGCCCGUAAUCCCUAAUAGGGUGGGCACUGUUGAUAAAACCAAGAUGGAUAUGAUGAAUCUUAUGGUGACAAGGAUAAGCCUACGGCCCAUAACAAUUGGCCAUCAAGUUAAAAAUAACACAAUCCCUCUGUCGUAUGUUGUACACGCCCGGGAAGAUAAGCAGCUGGACGUGUUGUUUUUUUUUUCUUUUUUUCAGUCCAUCAUAAUAAUAACAAUAAGCAUAGAUAAGUAGAGAGUUUGCCGUGUGCCUGUAUCGUAAUUUAUAGUUGUAACAUAACAUAACAAAUACUAUAUUGUACAAACAGGAAAAUAACAAAAUACAAAACAAAAGAGAAAUAGAAUGAGUACAAUAGGCGGCCUUAUUGCUCAGUAGCAACAAGGCCGUUAAGGAUGUGGUAAUUACAGUGUUAUAAAAAAAUAUAUAUUAUCGAACAACUAGAUCCAUUUGUUGUUUGUUAUAAUUAUUAGAUAAAUAAAUAAGUCGUAAGAGUAAGGAAGCGUGCGCGGACUAUCUGCCUCGCUCGCGGAAGAAGUGUCGGGGCUGUAGCCAUGUGUAAGAGCCAAAAACCAGAAGGCAACAAUACUUGGUACUGGGCCACAGUAUGCGUCCUGUGGGUCAUGCAUGAUUCAUACAAGUAGCAGUGAAACGAGAGCAAACAGAUAAUCCCGUGUGACGUCAACUUAAUAUUGACUUACAACCGCACAGUUCGCAAGAGUAAAUGUUCUCAUGUCUCAUUAACAGCUGGAGCAUACAGAUAAGUUUGUUUACUUUUACAUCACCGCUGCUCAAUAUAAAGCUUAAAAACGUGCAUGCCCGCCAGUUAAGCGUUAUUAGCCGUACUUAAGUGGUGUGCCUUUCUUGACGAUGCCAAGUGUAGGUAAUUAGUGAAUUUUACUCGGAACAGGAAAGUUUUAGCCUUAUGACAAAAUCUUUAGGUGGAAAACCCAAAAGAUUCUUGUGCUCCCGUCACCAUGUUGGACAUAAGAUGGACAGUGUUAGCAAUGAUCGCGUUGUGGUGCGCCCGCGCAGCUGCGGUGCCGACGGUGGAUGUGCACGCCGUCGUCAACCACACUAUCUGCCCCACUGAGUUUACAGUCGAUGUGGACCCUAACCGCGAGCCGCGGGUCAUCAAAUACCUGAAGUGCGCGCAGGAGGACGCGUCGGCGCGGUGCGCGCGCGCCGGCAUCCCGCGCAACGAGUGCUGCGCCCACCGCCGCCCCGGGGGGCGCCUGCACUGCGUCGAGCUGCACGACCAGGUGACGGUGCAGUACGUGCACGCCGGGCGGCCGCCCACCAGCGUCAUCUACGACGUGGCGGUGGGCUGCGCCUGCAUGCUCACCGCCGUGCGCCCGGCGGCCCGCCCCGCCGGCCCCCAGUGAUCAUCCAGGAGUGUGGGCGGCGGGCGGGAAGGAGCCCCGAGCAAGUACCGCUCACAUCACCCUACCGGAUUGUAUGAUAACGGAUACCGUAAGCUUGGUCCCAACCAUGGGAGGGUUUACCCCCGAAUGAUGUGUGAUAUUAAAUUAUGUGGUACACUGUUACUUUUGGAAAACUUCAGCUUCGGUGCUUAUAGCAAAACCGAAUAGGUUAAAUACUGAACUGACAUAUUAGUUCCUAAUACAAUCUAGUAGUAGCCUAAAUUGUGUAAUGUGUUUUGUGUGU